AUGGAAGACGCAAAUAAACCAAAGAAGAGAACAUUCAGAACAUUCCACUAUAGAGGUGUGGAAUUAGAUAAGUUAUUGGAUUUGAGUCAGGACGAACUAAUUAAACUUUUUAAAGCAAGACAGAGAAGAAAAUUCAAAAGAGGAAUUAGCAAAAAAGAAAAAUCUCUUUUAAAAAAAUUAAGAAAAGCAAAGAAAGAAUGUGAAGUCGGAGAAAAACCAAGAGCUAUUCCAACACACUUAAGAAAUAUGACCAUUAUUCCAGAAAUGGUUGGCUCAGUUGUUGCUGUACAUAAUGGGAAACAAUAUAAUAAUGUAGAAAUAAAACCAGAAAUGAUUGGAUAUUAUUUAGGAGAAUUUUCAAUUACAUACAAACAUACCAGACAUGGAAAGCCAGGUAUCGGGGCUACUCAUUCGUCAAGAUUUAUUCCAUUGAAAUGA